UAGGUACAAUACUGGUGUACCUUCUCUGGCCUUCCCAAAUUGUCCGCUGGCUUUUCCACUCCCGUCUUUUUUUCUUCUUCACAAAAUCACAACCCUCUAACAAUGGCGAUUCAAAGGCUUUUAUCACUAUUCUUUCUACUAAUCUCAUCUCUGCCCCUUUUAGCACAAUCGCGCAGUGAUACGAACCACGUGUACUCACCCUGCGCUGAUGCAAAGGUGCAGAAAUCAGAUGGGUUUAGUUUUGGGAUUGCAUUUAGUUCAAGAACAUCAUUUUUCCUCAACAGUUCAGUUCAGUUGUCUCCUUGCGAUAAAAGGCUCUCUCUUUCGUCAGCAAAUUCUCAGCUUGCUGUGUUCAGACCUAGAGUGGAUGAGAUCUCUCUCCUUACUAUCAACACUACCAACUUUUUCCCUGAUUCUUAUGGAGGCUACAUGGUUGCAUUUGCUGGUCGGAAAUAUGCUGCUAGGUCUUUGCCUGCUUUUGUUGCUAAUAAUACAUUCACUGUAACAAGCUUUACUCUGGUACUUGAAUUCAAAAAGGGUAGGCUGGAAAAUUUGUAUUGGAAGAGAGAUGGCUGCUCAUCUUGCUCAGGCAACUCUAACUUUGUGUGCCUCAACGAUCAGGAUUGUGCUAUCAGGACUAACUGCAAGAAUCGAGGUGGCAAUGUUGAUUGUAGCCUUGGAAUACAACUUACAUUUUCUGGUACCGAUAAGCAUGAAUCUGUUUUCAAUUCAUGGUUUGAAGUGAAGAAUCUUCGUCAGUACUCUCUGUAUGGCCUAUAUUCCAAUCUCAGGAGUUCUCUCACAGAUCAAUACAACAAAUUCUUCUGAUUGUUUUUUAAUGUUUGUAUGUAGAGUUGUAUUUUGUAAUUUACUUGUUUGAAAGUGCCUUUUUUUUUUAACAUCCCGAGUGUUUUCUGAAUAUCUUGAUGGCUUUUGUAAUUUGUUAUAUACUUGUAUCCAUUUGUCAACGGUUCUCUUCAUAUUUUGUCUAAAGUAUGGUUGAGAUGACCUGUUAACUUCUGUUUUUAGUGUUUGGUUAAUUAAUUAUUU